UAAUUUUUUGCGUAUUUGAACAUUAAUUAAUCGCUCGUUUAUUUAAACAUAAAUUGUUUUUCAGAGGCUCGUUUUGACGUUUUAGGUCACUGACAAAAUGCCAAUUAGAUAAUGUGUGUCUAAUUAUUAACUUGGAAAAUAUUUUUAUUGUUUGCUCUUUUUUUUUUCGUCCAAAUUCUAUCCUUCAUAGACGUAACUUGAAGUCUCUUUUAAUUUUACUAGUUUACAGACGACAGUUUGAAGAUCAAUACGGUUUUCAAGAAUUGUAUUUGUUUACAAUGAACUCCAAACCACAAGUGAACACACUUCUAAAGUAUAGGUUUGUUAAAAGAGGGACAACUUCGCCUGAGCCACAUAAAGAGGAUGGCAAUGGUACUGACAAAUUCAGUACAGUACAUGGAGAAAAUGGCCAAAGUGCUGCUGAUUCAGAAGAAAACAGUCAGACGACAAUCCCGGAGACUCCACUGGGCAGUGAACAGUCGAGCCCCGGGUCUCCGGUGUUCGGACCAAGGCCUAAAGUUAUUCGUCCACUCGUAUUGCAAGAUUCUGAAGAAUCUGUGAAGCCCACUGGGUCAUCUCCAUGGCUGUCCAAAGGCAAAGGAAAACAGAAUUUAGUCAAUGGAUCCAGUUCAAUUAAGUCCAGACUAAACAGAUUCCGCAGAGAGCCCCUCAGUAGCAGUAGUAUAAACAGCAGUGUUGAGAACAAUAUAGGGAAUAGUGAUUCGGAAUCGGAUUCGGAUGAUGAAUAUGACCAAGCUAAGUUUGACAGCAAGAUCAGCGACCUUAAGGUGCUGUAUCCUUCAAGGUCAAGGCUGGAGUUGGAGCAGGGUCUUGAGAUGUAUGGUGGAGACUUGGAUGCACUGGUCGCCACUAUGAUGAGUGGAUCCUUUGAUCGUGAGCUUAAAGCCUUCAAAAACAACAAGAAACGAAAGGCACCAAAUGGUCUAGACUCGGUAAAAGAUUCGGAGCGACAGUUCAAAAGAAUCCGCAAGUUUGUGUCUUCGAGUGAGGAGGAAGACGGUGUCGACAGUGUUGAAAACACAAACACUGACACACAGUCCACAGAGCUGGACAUGGAGACGAAGGAGGAACGAAUCAACUUCUUACAUGAUGCCUUUCCAGAUCACAAAACAGAGGAUCUUCUCCAAGCCCUGGAUGAGAAGAACUGGAACACGGAGGAGGCGGUGGUGCUGCUCACCGAGAAGAAGGCGCAGAAAGCAGACGUCAAAAAGAAGAAAGCUAAGAAGGAAAAAUACAAGGAUAUAGAUCUGUCGGAUGAAGAUGAAGACUAUGAAGACGAGUAUUACGACAGUGAAGACAGUUUUGAAGGAGAACAGAGUGGUACUCAGAUAACUGCGAUUCUGUCGUUCUUCGGGGAGGCCACUGUUGAGGAACUGAUGUCGGUUCCAGGCUGCUCCAGGAAGAAGGCGGAGUGCAUCAUGGCUUGCAGGCCGUUCGAAAACUGGGAUGGGCUGAUAAAGAAGUUUGAUUCGACGAAAUCGUUGUCGUCUAAUCUAAUCACCGGCUGCAAGGAUGCCAUCCAGUCUCGUAACCUGGUGAUAAAGCUGAUGAAACGGUGCCAGAGGAUCGCCGAAGAGAUGGAGACGGUCGUUUCUUCUAUCACAAACAGCACAAGCUCGCUGAACGCCUGCCAUAUCAACAAACAGCCAAGCCUGCUUAAUGCUGAGUUCACCAUGAAACCUUAUCAACUGAUUGGACUAAACUGGUUGAAGAUCAUGCACACUCAACAACUGAAUGGAAUUCUUGCAGAUGAAAUGGGCUUGGGGAAGACAAUCCAGGCUAUUGCAUUCCUUGCUCAUCUACUGGAAAACAAUGACACUGGACCACAUGUCAUCAUUGUUCCUUCUUCAACUAUAGAGAACUGGUUACGAGAGAUGAAGAAAUGGUGCCCCGCUCUCAAUGUGAUAGUGUACUAUGGUUCACCCGAUGAGCGACGCCUGGCCAGACAACGAAUCAUGUAUCAGAACUCGGUACAUUUCAACGUGGUCCUUACAACUUAUGCCAUUGCUACUGGAAGUGUUGAAGAUCGAGCUCUGUUCAAGAAGGCUCCCUUUCAUUACGCCAUUUUUGAUGAAGGACAUAUGCUGAAAAACAUGGCGUCUUUGAGAUUUCAGAAUCUGAUGAAGAUUUCAGCUGAGCGCCGUCUGCUCCUGACUGGAACGCCGCUGCAGAACAAUCUGUUGGAGUUGAUGUCCUUACUGGCGUUCGUGAUGCCCGACAUCUUCCAGGGCAAGACGGAACAUCUGAAGAGAAUCUUCACCAUGAUGAGUGCAAAACCUGGGGACCCACAGCUGGGCCGCUACGAAAAAGAGCGAAUAGCACAUGCCAAGCGAAUCAUGCAGCCGUUUGUUCUGAGAAGAUUGAAGUCUGAGGUAAUGGAGCAGCUUCCGAAGAAGGUGGAGAGGAUGGAGAGCGUGGUGAUGAUUCCCGCCCAGCAGGCGCUGUACGACUCGCUGUUGGUGAAGUUCUCCGAGCAGCUUGAGGAGAAUGGGAAUGAGAUGAAGACAGGCGGCAUGGCCAUGUUCAUGCAGCUCAGGAAGGUGGCCAACCACCCCCUGCUCAUACGGAACCUCUACACGGACCGCAAACUGACGGAAAUCUCCAAACUUAUUGCUAAAGAGCCAUCACACAGAGACCGAGGUGCACUGCCACAUCUUAUACAAGAGGACAUGGCUGUGUUGAAUGAUUUUGACAUCCAUAAGUUGUGUCAGUAUUACAAGAGAUAUGUUGGUAGCUACUGCCUGGAUCAGUCGCAUAUUAACGAGUCUGGAAAAUUCCGAGUGCUGGAUAAAAUAUUAAAAGAGAUGAAGGAGCGGGGCGACCGAGUUCUCCUGUUUAGCCAGUUCACGAUGAUGUUGGAUAUUUUGGAGCUGUAUCUUAAAGACCGAUCUCACCGCUAUCUUCGACUCGAUGGUUCCACACCUGUCAAUGAAAGACUCCAGUUGAUUGACGACUACAACAGUGACCCUGACCUGUUCAUCUUUCUGUUGUCGACUCGCGCCGGAGGUUUGGGAAUCAACCUGACGGCAGCCAACGUGGUGAUCCUGCAUGACAUCGACUUCAAUCCGUACAACGACAAACAGGCGGAGGACCGGUGUCACAGACUCGGCCAGACCAGACAGGUGUCGGUGAUCCGCUUUGUAACCAAGGAAACGGUGGAGGAGGCGAUGCACAGGUGUGCGAUGGAGAAGCUGAAGCUGGAGAAGGACGUCACCACCAAGGAUGAUGUUAAUGAUGCCGAAACCCCCAGUGAUGUUCUAACAUUGUUAAAAGAGGCGUUUGGCAAGAUCAAAACAAAUGCGACACAAUCUUGAUGAAAGUUUUUGUUUAGAAAAACAAACUCUGAAGUGUCUGGUGAUCUGUGUCGUGACUACUUGUGUAAAACUUGGUCACGGUCGUGUCAAGGACAGAUCAACUUCGUAAAGAUUUAAUGUGAUGGGUUGAAGGAGGAAAUCGAAGGAUUACAUAGCAGUGCCUACAGUCUUGGGAGAUUUCAAGUGAUCUUGUAAUGAACUGAAUAUUUGACACACUACCGAGUGCAAACCUCUGGGAAUUGCACGGACAAUUAUUUUGUUCACCCAUUGCUCGUACAAGUUGAGGAUGCAUCUAUAAAAGAGAAAACACCUAAAGUUUUCUCCAGUUUUGCCUAACCCAUUUUCCAUUCACAUAUUAAGUUUAGGACAGCAUUGAAAUAGGUUACAUUAAAAAAAAAAAAAAAAAAGGGUUACUAAAAUAUAUAUUUUGUCAUAACGUAUAAAUGGUUUUGACAAAUUAUUCAAUUCUCAGAGAUUCAAAGUGUCACAAAGUGGCCAACAUGUACAUUUUGCUGUUGGGAAUGUGCAACAAACACACUGUUAUAUUCCAGGGCUUCUAGAUUAUGGUAGCCCCACUCCCAUGGCUAGUGAUAUUCAAUGUCGGGCUAGUAAAUAACUACUAUUGCCAUGCCCGACAGCUAGUGAAAAAAAAAGAAAAAGGUAAAACAUUGCA